AAAUCAAUGAAUUAGGUGCAAUUUUCCCAGAGCGGAUCAGAACUCGUGGCGUCUUCAAAGGUCAAGCAAGCGGGCCCCACUCUCCCGAUCCCUUUGUCUUCCUCCAAGAUCAAGCGGCUCCAGGAGCCCUGAUGUUCCCACCGCCCAACACCUCUUUUUGAUCAGACGCCCCGGAGUCGGUUUGGAAGCGCCACGCCCACUCCAGAGGAUGGCCGCCGGAUGAAUCUACGCGCUCCUCCGUAGUCAGUCGGUUCCUCCCCUUACCCACCACGCGCUGCCCAGAAGCUGGAAUUUUGCCCACUGAUUCAGCAGUGGAAGUCCUUGUUCCAGUCCUCCCUCACCCCCCACCCCCGUCCCGUCGUCGAAAAGCUCAGCUUUUUCAGAAGAAAGAAGAAGGGAGAAAAACGGGGACGAGCCCUUAACUUUUUGAGCGGAGAAGGAAUCGAAAAGAGCUUCCUUUGCGCCCGGGUUUUCCUUCUCUUUCUCGCCGGGAAAUUCGGUCCCCAUCUCGAAAGAUUCCUUUUUGCGUUCUGGGGAUGCUUUCCCCAUAGGAGCUGCGCGGAUGAUCAGGGUGUCGCCAUGAGCAGGAUGAUUUGAUCUUAGAAGGGGUAAUUGAUGGCUAAUCCAAAUUCAUCGAAUUCACUGGUCUCUUUUGGUUCAUUGGAACAAAGGGGAGCAGAUAUGGCAGAUGCUAACUUGGCACUUCAACCUCCUCUGGGUCGCCAAAACCGGAGUAGCUCUGAUGGUCCAGUAGCUAUCCUUUGGGACAUCGAGAAUUGCCCUGUUCCCAGUGAUGUCCGUCCUGAAGAUGUAGCUGGUAAUAUAAGAAUGGCUUUGCGUGUGCAUCCCAUAAUUAAUGGGGCUGUCAUGAUGUUCUCUGCCUAUGGAGAUUUCAAUGCUUUCCCAAGGCGUCUAAGAGAAGGCUGCCAAAGAACUGGUGUAAAACUCGUCGAUGUUCCAAAUGGGAGGAAAGAUGCUGCUGAUAAGGCUAUCUUGGUUGACAUGUUCCUGUUUGCACUAGACAAUCCUCCACCAUCUUCUAUAAUGCUUAUCUCUGGAGAUGUUGAUUUUGCCCCUGCUCUCCACAUACUCGGGCAACGUGGAUACACCAUAGUCCUUGUUAUUCCUUCUAAUGUAGGUGUUUCUUCUGCUCUCAGUAAUGCUGGUAAGUUUGUGUGGGACUGGCCUAGUGUAGCACGUGGAGAAGGGUUUGUUCCCCCGGCCAAGACUAUAACAGCCCCACGUGGAGGACAUUGUGACAUCACAGGCUACUUCAUGGGGUGUCACAUCACCGAAAACCAGGACUGUACUAAUGAGGAGGAAGCAAUUGUGUACAGGGGGAUUUCACAGAGCUACUGCAACUCAAGAGACUUUUCAUUAAUAGCACAGUCCUUAUCCGAGUACAACAGCACAACCUUUGCAAUGCCUUCUUUUGCUUCAACAUCAAGAUCCCAUAGCCUUCCAACUGGUUUGAAUGAAGUUAUGGCUGGAGGACCGAGUUCUUUAGCUGAUCAAAAUGAUCCGACUUUGUGGGUACAGCCUGGGGAUCUGAACGGACUAAAAGGGCAGCUUGUGAAGUUGAUAGAACUUUCCGGAGGAUGUUUGCCUCUGACCCGUGUGCCUGCGGAGUAUCAAAAGGCUUUUGGUAGGCCUCUCUAUGUGUCAGAAUAUGGUGUAUAUAAGCUUGUGAAUCUUUUCAAGAAGAUGAAUGACGUAAUUGCUGUGGAGGGAAAAGGCCAAAAGAAGUUUGUCUAUCUCCGCAACUGGAAGGUGGGACCCAGUGCACCUGCUACGGUUUUGACAAAGAAAGAUAAGAAAGGAAAAGGGCCUCAGGAAGAGACUGAUGCCAUUGCGGGUGUCGGCUCUUCAGACGAGUUAUCAGAUGAAGAGCAACUGGAAUGUGAAGAGAGGAGCGUCCAAGGAAAGACUAGCGACAGAAGCGGUUCUCCAUGUGACCUCGAUGCUCGAGGUCUCGAGCAGUUCAAGCAUGAGCUGCAAGAGAUUCUAGUCAGCUAUUCAUGUCGCAUUUUCUUGGGUUGUUUCGAGGCAAUAUACGAACAACGUUAUAAGAGACCGCUGGAUUACCAAAAGUUUGGUGUGGAUGGGCUGGAGGAGCUUUUCAAAAAGUUGGGGGAUGUGGUGACCUUGCAUGAAGAACCUAUAAGUAAGAGGAAAUUCCUAGCGGCGGCUGGUUGCUAGAAGAACAAGAUGCCUGUCAAAACUCUUGUAAACUACAUUAGUUUUAAGUUAAUUGAAGCAUGCUUACGAUCAUGAAAUAGCCUCCUUUUGUUUUCAUUUUUCCUUUUUGGUCCUUGGGUCAUCCGAAAGUUGCAUAAAGGACGACAAGAGCUUGGACCACGCCUGUUUUUUCUGUUCAACGUGCGUCCCGCAUGGAUCGAAGUUUGCAUUUUAGAACCACCAUGCAAAGCUCUACUGUGUUGUCUCCUUGACUAAUAAUCUGUCAAUGAAGGUUGCAUUUUCAUUUA